AUGAGUUGUCUGCUUGCCUUCAAAAGUGGAGCCGGCAAACAUGGACGCCUCGUGGCAUCCACUGUUGUUUUCAGGAGAUUUCUCUCGUCUCCCGUGGAAUCUCCGUCUACUAUUAAUAGCGCAGCUCCCUAUCUGACUGGUCAGGACCUCAAACUCGAAAACAAGAGUCCAACAGUUGAAAGGCGUGUGAGGAAUGAAGUAUCUCGGUAUUCUGUUGGGGUUCCCUUGGAAGAGUCGCUCAGCCCGCCUAGUUCUUGGUACAAAGACCCUCAGAUCUUUCAGUUGGAACAGGAAGCUGUCUUUCUGGACAACCGGAACAACUGGGUGGCUGUCACGGCAUUGGAUACUUCCUCCGCGAGUACCAGUACCAGUACUCGUAAGCCAGGCUUUUACCAGACAGGCACUUUCUUGGGUCAACCUUAUCUGCUCACUCGCAACCAAAAAGGAACGUUGCAAGCUUUCUACAAUGUUUGCACGCACAUGGGCAGUUGUCUUGUUGGACCGUGGACAAACCAAUGCCACAGUAGUAGUAGUGCUAGUAGCAAAAUCAGCUUGACGUCUAGUCUUGUGGGACAGUCUACCCAAGGAAAUCUUACCAAACGGGCAAAUGCACAGACUUCCUUUCAAUGCCCUUAUCACGGAUGGCAGUUCAAUCUGGAUGGACGGCUCACAAAAGCUACGCAUGUCAAGGGAAUACAGAACUUUCGAGCCAAGGACUUUAGCCUCAAACAGAUACCGCUCAAGCAGGUCGGACCCGUUGUCUUUCUCAACUUUGCUGCAGCUGGCAACAAACAAGUAGAUGGCUAUGACGGUAGUAAUGGUCACAAAGACUUGUUUGAUCAAAGUCGAAGCUUGUUCUUGGACCGGUUGGGUCAAAAUGGAUUUCUUCCCGAUCUAUCCAACAUGAAACUCGUCAAGACCAAACAGUACACGGUCAAAUGCAACUGGAAAGUGUUUUGCGACAACUACGGUGACGGGUGCUACCAUUGCUCCUUUGCCCAUGCCGAUUUGGCUGCCAACAUUGACGAAACCAAUUACUCCACCGAAAUCUUGUCGCCGCACUUGACCAUUCAGCAAGCGCCGCCAAGCGAUGCAGAUGAUGAACGAUUUGGAACCAAAACAGCAAUCUACGCGCAGUGGUAUCCCAAUAUCAUGCUCAAUCGGUACGGCCCGUGGCUCGAUUUGGACCUCGUUACCCCCCUCGACGUGGCCACGACGCAAGUCACGAAGGCGUGGUUCCUCGAAACUGACUAUCCAGUGCCUUCGGCAACCUAUCUAGACACAAGUCUCCAAAGCAGCGAACAGGUUCAUGAAGAAGACGUCUUUUUGUGCGAAAAUGUUCAACUGGGGUUGCAGAGUCGGGGAUUUGAGGCUGGAAGAUACGUACCCUCCAAGCAGAUUGCAACCUAUCACUUUCACCAGCGCCUAGCUACAGACCUGCGUCUUCACUGCCUAUCAUGA